AAUAACUAAACCAACCGUUAUCCUCUUUCCUUCCCUGAUGUGUGAAGAGUGAAGAAGCUCUUUAUCCACCAAGUAGUUUUGAUGUUCACGUUUGAAUUCUUCAAUUUUUGCUUUGAGGAGCUGAAAGAUGUGGGCUUACUAUGUUAAUCAUGUCCUCCCCCGCCGUCUUCUGCAAAACCUUUAUCUUUGUUAACCCCAAGCUCAGGCUGCUCAGCCGCAACUCCUUCAUUCUGCACAGAAAUUGGUCGACGGCACUGGUGGUUGAUACAAGGCGGUGGAGGUCUGCCGCUGCGGGGCACAUUCCAAAUGCUGGUGGCAAAAGGAAAAAGAAAAGGACUUGGUGGCAAACAUUCUUUUUCGACGAAGACGGGAAUUGGCUUGGUUUGAAGGAGGACGACAUGCUGACGGCGGAGGAGGAGGACUUGGAUGGAUCCUCCGCAGCCGCCGCCAUGGAAAAAGGUGAAGAAGCCGAGAAAUUUGAGGCGUGGAAGACAAGGGCAGAAGCAAUCGUGGAGCUGAGGGAAGCACAGCAGGAUUUGACCAACGAGGAGAACCGCAAGUGGGAGGAUUGGCUUGUGGAUUCUAAUUCUAAAUCUACUUCCUUCUGGGAAGCAUCUGUACAGUCGGAUCCUGCUCAAGAAAGGGGAUUGCUUUACUCUCUCAGCAAUUUCGUCCUCGGAAAGGAAGAAGAUGAUGAUGAGGACAUGCUUUAUGAAGACCGUGUUUUUCGCUAUGCCUCACUCAAUUCGGCUAAAUUUUUGGCAGUAUUAAUAAUCAUACCCUGGACCUUGGAUUUUGUGGUUCACGACUAUGUUCUGAUGCCCUUUUUAGACAGAUAUGUGAAGACCGUACCACUUGCAGCACAGUUGCUUGAUGUCAGAAGAAAUCAAAAGCUUCAAAUGAUUGAUGAAUUAAAAAUGGAGAGAGCAAGAUUUCAUCUUGAGAUGGAGAUUGGUAAAUCUCCACCGCUUUCUGAUGACGAGGUUUGGUGGGAGUUGCGGCAUAAAGCAUUAGAGCUGAGAGAUGAAUGGAGAUUAGAGAAUCGUAAAGCAUUUGCCAACAUAUGGUCAGAUAUGAUAUUCGGGAUCUCAUUAUUCAUUCUUUUAUACAGCAAUCAGAGUAAAGUAGCAUUGGUGAAGUUUACUGGUUAUAAGAUAAUAAAUAAUAUUUCAGAUACCGGGAAGGCAUUUCUAAUUAUACUUAUCACAGACAUUUUUUUAGGGUAUCAUUCUGAGUCUGGUUGGCAAACAUUGUCAGAAAUUUUUGUUGAGCAUUAUGGGCUUGAGGUUGAUCAGUCUGCUGUAACCAUUUUCAUUUGCCUAAUUCCAGUUAUCAUGGAUGCAUGUGUCAAACUAUGGCUGUUUAAAUUCCUUCCAAGAUUAUCCCCAAAGGUGACAAACAUAUUCCAGGAAAUGAAGCGUCACUAGUAAAAUUCUUUAUCUGGAUUAUCUCUGGCAUCUUAAGAGAAUUCGGAGCAAGGUAGCAUGUACCAGUAAGAUUACUUUUUUUUUUUUUUUUUUUUUUCCCUCCUGUCCUUGAUUUAUCGUAUAUACAGGUUUUGGACAUUGUAGUUGUUGGGAUAUCAUUCAUUCAUACCUAUAAAUGAUAAAUGUGGUAUAAAAACAGCUGAAGAUGUUGAUACAUAGUACGUACAAUCAAAUCUACAUAUUUGCUUCAGUUUUGAAAUUUGUAUAUGUUAGUAACUGGCAUGCGGAGCAAGGCUCGGGCCAAGCAGAAUAGGAGAGAAUUCAACUCAACAGUUGUCUACUUCAAUCUACAAGGAAGGAAUUGCUUGUAGAUUGAAUUCAACUAAUACAAAAGCAAUUCUUGUAUUUUGGGAUUGUUGUGAAACAGACCAGGAUUUUGCUUUCAAUACUUUUACUUCCAUCCUGUAAGGGAAGGACCAUUUUACCUUUAUGAAAAGAAAGCUUAAUUAUUUCGUUUUCGAGAAUGCUCACUCUCACUGGGUCAGGUCAGGUUAGUUCAGGUCAGUUCAGGAAGCCAGUUGGGCCUUCAAUGACUAAAAUGGCAUGCUUAAUCAAGGCCAUUCACCAAACCACGUCAAAUGUCAGGCAGGGAUGCUGCAAACGCGACAUUCACCGACCACGUCAAAAGAUCAGGCCUUGCUUUUGCACUCAUUGUUGAAGAGCCUUCGUGAAGAGGAAUUCAUCCGUCCGCUAGGAGUGGGCAGAUGUAAGGUACUCAACGGGACAUGAACAAGAAAUAAAUUGAAGGAAAGAAAGAGAGCCUUCUAUCUCGGCAAGUAAACUCUAUCCGUAACUAAGGAGAUGCGGAUUCCUUGCCCAAACAACUGAGUAUGGUGUGGGUUGGGCGAAUGUAUCAGCGUAAGUUGUUGAUGGAUGUAUAUUUGCGCCCAGCCAGUCAACUAGUAGACUCCCAAGUGCGGAUCACGUGCCCCAUGAAGCCACACGCACACGAGUAAUACAUCUCCAAGCCCUACCUACCAUCGCCCCACAUUCUAUAUAUUGGGUUAUCUCCGAAUCCGAGCCCUACCCACCACGUAUCCCCCCAUUUUUUUGUGAGAGAAAUGACAGACCAAUGUAUAUGACAUGUCGAAAUGUUUCAAAUGUUGGGCUAAUGAUUAGUUAAAAUAAGAGAUUAUAUUCUUUUUUUUCUUUUUUAACAAA